UAUUUUUCACAGCAUAAAGCCGAUUAGAGCUACAGAUUAUUCUUGAUAAAAAUUCUCGAAACUAGUCUUGUGUCUGUAUCUCCAGCCCGGGGAGGCGAUCUAACCCCGGGUGGCGGAGGAAGUAGGCGGGUUCGUUACACGGGGGAGGCCUCCAGCUGCUCUGCCAUUGGUUUAUAACUGCUUCCAGAUUAUCGUUUAAAUGUCCGGCGGUGGCACCAAACCCCGGACAGCCGCGUAUCACAGAAGCUAGUGUUUGCGGUAGCCACGUUUAAGCCCAUAGAGCAAUGUAGUAGAUGUUAACAGACCUGUUAUGCGUGUGUAACAUCGCAAGCUUUUGGUAGAGUUUACUAAGCUUCGCGCUCUUUUGUUGGACUGCAGUUCAAAGGGUUUCCAAAGGGACGAAAUGGUGACCAAGAGGAUCCGCUCGGAGUACAUGAAGAAAUUCAAAGACCCCAAAUGGGAGACCUACACGAAGUGUUACGAGGAGAUGCUGAAGUACAGGCUAACCCGCAGGCUGCUGGAGCACACACACAACCCCUGGUUCUGGAGUGGCUCCGACAGUGACUCAGACACGGGAGGAAGAAGUCCCCCUCCUCCCAAGAAGAACCAGGUAGGGUCUGAGACCACCAGGGGCAGGACGGAGGCGGCUGAGCAGGAGGAGUGUGAGGGGGCGAGGACGGAGAGACAGCAGGAGCAUCAGACCAGAACCACAGGGCCCGUGCCCAGGCUUCCCCUUCAGGAGGAGGAGGAGGAGGAGGAAGAGGGGGAGAAUCUGUCCGCUGGGCGGUCUGCAGGCUCACAGCUUGAUGGUGCCAGAGAGACGAGAGUGCCAGAGGAGGAGAGGGAGCAGCGGAGAGCCAGCGGCAGAGGCAGUAAACACUUAUUGGUUCCCCACAGGGAGCGAAACCAAGAGAGAGACACUGGACGACACCAACCGCAGCAGAGUAAACCUUCCAAAUCCUCGAAAAAAAAUUGGCGUUCCCAGCAGGUCAGACCUGCACCAUCACGACAGCCCAUGGAGGACAGUAUGGAGAGCAGACAUCCUUUUGCUCUGUACGGUUCAGGGGAGAAGGAUGCAGACAUUGCAGGCAGAAAGACACACAACGUAGGCCCUGCAGCUUCAACCAAUGAGAUCCAUGAGUCGGCUCUACGUGCUAAGAUCAGGCGGGAGGUGGAGCGUCAGAUCCAGACCCAGAGAACAGAGCGCCGGAGAGCCAAGUCUGCCGAUCUGGACACGGCCAGGAGGCUGGUUCAACCUGAGUUCAACCCCUGGCUCACUGAGUACAUGCGCUGCUUCUCUGCUCGCUCUCGAUAGGACACACACACACACACACACACACACACACACACACACACACACACUGCAGAAAUAGUUAAAUCAGAAUGACUCCAGACAAAAAUGAGAAAGUAAAGCCAUUAUUGCCUAUCACCUAAGAGGUUUAAAUACACAUUAAUGUAGAAUAGAGCAUGGGGUUGAUUGAGACAAACAAAAGCUCCUGAAUGCGUAUAACUCUCACAUUCGAGAUGUAAAACCCUAAACAUUGAAAUUCACAGUGUGGCUUAUUCGACAAGGAGUGUGCUAUCAUGUUUUUUAAAAAUAAAUCAAUUUUAUUAUAUACAACAAAAAACAUUUUACAGGGUAGAAAAGACUUUUUGAAGGAACUCAUUUUAAAGUAAAUGUUUUAAUUUUUGUAUAUGUCCAUCAUAUACAGAUAUUUAGAUGUGAAUGGAGAGUCUAAAAUGCAUUUUACAGCUGUACUUUGAUGCAGUCCCUUUAAACGUGUUGUAUAAAAUGUGCCCAUAUUUUUUUUUUUACAUGGUGAUCAAACCAUAGUGGACUCACACAGGGGUAGUAAGGGUACAUGGCAGCAUGUAUGAAUAUAUUCAGUGAUUAGUGUUCUUAAAAAUGAUACUGAGAUAAAGAUGAGACCACGAACAUCGGGAAUGAACAAUGCAGUCCGUAUUGUAUACACAUAUGAACAAAGCCAAACACACACACACAAGCAAAUAGUUUGUAAUCCAGAAUAAUGUGCUAAGUACAGCGAGAUGGCUUAAUCUACUGAGAGUUUUUCUCCGAUUUAAGCUUCUGAUGUGGAUGGGCAUUUUCUUAUUUGUGCUGAGUACAAAGUUGGUUUAUGUACAGAGAUAUGUCUGUUUCGAAGUUUUUACAGUUUUUAAAAUUUUCAGAUCAUUUAGUACUGGGAACUGGUUCUUGUAGAUUUAGCGGUUUGUGUAACGGUGGAUUGAUGUUUCAUGACUUGUUGAUAGAUUGUAAAUCACUCACUCACUGUACUGACAGUCAACCUCUGUGUAACAUAACAGCUGUGUGAUGUGGCGGUUGCAUUACUUCAUGUGCUCAUUUACACUUUUAUGUGUUAUUGACUUAAGAUAGUUUCAUGACAUUUAUUUGCCCUUUACUUGUGUUAAUGUGUGUAUAAUCUAUCAACCUGGUGCUAACACAGUCUGAAAAUAGAUGUAUGACUUUCAAAGCCAUUGGGAUGACUGUGAACAGUGUGUGCAGUAUUGUGGAUACUGCAGUUUUUCUUCAAUACAUUUACAGAUUGUGUAACUGUAACAUUAAAAAAAUACGGCUAAUUUAGAUUCCCUUCAACAGACAAUAAUGAACAGUUUAAAGCUGAAUUUCUUGAUGAUAAUUGUUAGUGAAUAUGCUUUAGAGCCAAAAGUGGAACCAAAGCAAUGAUGGAUGUGAAGCCAAAGUCUAAAUUACUUCUAAAUAGAACUGCUAUUAUAAAUAUAGUGUAAGUACAUAGGUACAUAUUGCUAAUUUACUGCUUGCUGGUCAGAGCAGUGUACUCUCUAAAGCAUAACCAAAUCAAACAGCACUUUGAUAAUUAGUCACCUUUCCUAAAUAAUAUUUGUACAGAAUACCUUGCUAACUUUGUAGUUUUUCAUGCAAUUCAUUAAUCUUUUGAAUCUCUGCAUAUUUGUUUGUAUGUUUAUGUGAAUGUGUUGAACAUCAGACAUUGUUAUUUGUACUUACACAAAAUGACUAAAAUGGAUUUUUAAUCCUCUGUGUAAAAGAUCUGAUGUUUUCAUGACUGUUGACUGAAACCAUGAGAAAUCAGAUCCCACGUACAGGAAUCAGCAUAAAAUCAGCACUGUGCCAUAAAGACUUGAAAACAGUUAUUUUUCUCUUCUUAACUGAUUUGAAUAUUGUGCAGAAAAGAAGGAGAUGAGAAGAGGGGGAGGCCUGUGCUUCAUAUUCAGGCAUUUAAAAUUCUUUACAAAUCUUUGUGGUUUAUUGUUGCAACUAUGAGUUUAGUAUUACAUUACUUGCUUUGCUUUUUAAUUAUUUAGUUUUUUCAUUGUUGUUAAGUUAUACUGCAGUAUAUAGUACAGGAAACAGAUGUGAAAUUUUGUGCAAUAUUAUUAUACUUUAAAUAACUGCAUUCAAGCCUGUGUGUUUUUUAGAUGUGAAUAUUGGCAGUCGCAGAAAACAGGAAGAGUGAAACUAAAUGGUUAAUUCCUAAUUUACUUCAUUAGUUAGUUGAUGAGACCAAACUCUAUGGCUGAGAUCCUAUUUAUAAUGUAGAGGCAUUUUAGUUUUGGUUAGGAGAUAAUAUACUUGUCAUGUUUUUUCUGGGUUUACUUGGUAAUGUACAGGAUUACACCAUUAAGGCACUAGAAGAGUUUAGAGUCUGGUUUUAGUGAAAAAGGAAAGAGCCAGAUUUAAUUCAGUUUCUGAGUUUCUGAUGGUCCCCGUGACAAAUAACUAAUAAAAUGUAUUUAAUAUCAUUUACUGAUGAGAUAAAGGAUCUAACAACUAUAAUACUGUAAAACGGCAUAAUUCUGUACAUUUUUCUGUUUACAUAUUAGGUUUUUUGACGUAGGUCUGUACAUAAUUAAAAUGAUUCUGAAGACAACCGUUGAGGUUAAAUGGU